AUGAAGCUCAAGGAGCUACUCACUAAGGAGUUCUUUCAUCUUGACAAUAAACUUGAUGACAUAAUAAUGCAACUGAAUGUUAUUCAAGAAGCAAUGAAAGAACAAAGAAAUGGGAACAAUAAUGGUGUGUUUACCUCCCUAAUAGGGCAUGUUAUCUCUGGUGACAAAGAUACUCAAACUGAAAUUUUACAGGUUUACAAGUCUUUGUUUGGUUCUUCAGCAAGUUGUCUCCCUGGGGUUGAUUUCCAGACUUCGAGGAGAGGGCCUAUUUUGAGUUCUAUAGCUUCUUAUAUGCUCAUUCAAUCUAUUACUCAUGAGGAAAUUGACAAGGAUCUCAAGGGCAUUGAUGACAAAAAAGCACUUAGACCUGAUGAUUUUAGGCCUAUAGCGUGUUGCACUCAUUUACAAGAUCAUCGCCAAAGUACCAACACAAUUCAUUCUGUGAUUGGUGAAGUAGUGAAUGUUGCUCAAUCGGGGUUUAUCCCACAAAGGCAUAUCUCCGAUAACAUUUUGAUGGCAACUGAGUUUGUGAAGGGUUAUAAUAGAAAACAUAUAUCCCCUAGAUGUAUGAUAAAAGUGGAUUUGAAAAAAUCGUAUGACUCCAUUGUGUGGAGUUUUCUGUUUACUGUUCUAAUGGAGUUAGGUUUCCAAGAAAUCUCCGUAAACUAG